AUGGGGUAUACAGCAGCAGUAGAUAGUGUACCUGUUGUUGCAGCUUCUGAUUGUGAUAGUACUGAAGAUGAUUUAGACAUUGAAAGUGUUGAUAGUGAUUAUGAUAGUGAUGCCCUAGGUUUAUUUGAGAGGCAGAAGAAGUGUGAGGUAACUGACAACCUUGAUAGGUAUAAAACAUUGGAAAAGGGUAUGACUUUCAAAGAUCUUGCUGAAGCUAAGGAGGUUAUUGGUUAUUAUGCUGUGUCUAAUAAGAGGGGCCUUAAGGUAGAUAAGAGUGAUAAGAAAAGACUUAGAUACAAGUGUCAGAUAGGGUGUCCUUUUAAAUGUCUUAUUUCUAAGGAUGGCAAAGAUCAAGGGGUAAAGAUAAAAACUUGGAGGGAUGAACAUGAUUGUAAUGAAGUGUUUGAGAACAGAAGAGCUACUCCUGCUGCUUUAGCACAUUAUUUUAAGAGAAAGAUUCAAAAUAAUCCUAAGUUUAAGAUUAAAGAGAUGAAGAUUGAUUUAGAGGAUAGAUUUAGUUUGAAUGUGAGUGCCUCAAAGUUAAAAAGGGUAAAGAGAAUGGUUUUAGAGAAAUUGGAGGGUUCUUACUUGGAUGAGUACAACAAAUUGGAGGCAUAUGCUCAAGAGUUGAGAGAAACAAACCCUGGUACUGAUGUGGUGAUACAGAUAUCCAAGGAUGCAAUGGAGGAAGGUAAGAGAAGAUUUUUGAGGAUGUAUGUCAGUUUCCAAGCCCUGAAGAGUGGAUUCAAAGCAGGUUUGAGACCUUUUAUAGGUCUAGAUGGAACAUUUUUAAAAGGCAAAUGCAAAGGGAUGUUGUUAGUUGCUUGUUCUCAAGAUUCUUGCAAGCAUUUUUAUCCACUAGCUUGGGCUGUAGUGGAUAAGGAAACAAAGACAACCUGGCAGUGGUUCAUGGAGAACUUGAAGGCUUCUUUGGAAUUGAAAGAUGGUGAAGGGUACACAUUCAUGUCAGAUAUGCAGAAGGGUUUGUUAGAUGCUGUGAGGAAUGUAUGUCCACAAUCAUAUCACAGAUAUUGUGCAAGGCAUAUUGAAGCAAAUUGGAGCAAAAAAUGGAAUACUGAUGAGAUGAAAAAGUUAAUGUGGUGGUGUUCUUGGAGCACAUAUGAGGUGGAAUUUAAGGACAUGUUGAAACAACUAGGUGAAGUUUCUGAGGAUGCUGUCAAGGACUUGCUGAACUAUCCUCCAGUAACUUGGUGUAGAGCUUACUUUGAUACCCAAUGUAAGAAUCCAAUGGUGGACAACAACUUUACAGAGUCCUUCAACUCUUGGAUUCUUGAAGCUAGACAUAAGCCAAUAGUGAAGAUGCUUGAGGAUAUAAGAGUGAAGGUGAUGAAUCAACUAAAGGAUAGAGCAGAAGAAGUAAACAGUUGGAGAGGUGAAUACAGCCCAUAUGCAAUGGAGUUAUACAAUGAUUAUAGAGAGAUGGCUUCAAAGUGCAAGGAAAAUUUUAAUGGAGAAAGGGGUUUUGAAAUAAGUGAAGGUGAAGACAGGCACACGGUGAUUCUGGAGCAACAAAGGUGCACAUGCAGGCUUUGGGACUUGUUUGGAAUCCCUUGUGCUCAUGCUAUCAGGGCAUUCUUAUAUAAGAAACAAGACCCAACAGUUGGGAUUCACUGGUGGUAUUCCAAACAAGCCUGGCAGUUGGUGUAUCAGCACAAACUGCAGCCUGUUAGAGGUGAAAGAUUCUGGAAAAUUGAGCCACACCAAGCCAUGGAUCCACCACCACUAGCAAAGAUGGUUGGUAGACCUAAAGUGAAAAGGUCAAGAGAGAAGGAUGAAGCUAGGAAAAGGCAAGGACAAUGGUCAACAUCUAGGAAGGGUCUUCAGAUGACUUGCAGUUUUUGUGGCCAGCCAAAUCAUAAUAAAAGAAGUUGUCCAUUAGCCAACAAGUCAAAGAAAGUGCAAGACCACACUCAGACAAAUGAAGACCAAGAAUCAAUAUUCUUUAUGGUACCUACUCCAGGUUUUAAAGCACAAGACCAACAAUCCAGUCACACCACUCAGCAUCCAACUCAACCAUCCAGUCAUGACACUCAGCAGCCAACUCAGCAAUCCAGUCACACCACUCAGCAGCCAACUCAUCCAUCCAGUCAUGACACUCAGCAGCCAAGUCAGCAAUCCGGUCACACCACUCAAAUGCCAACUCAGCACUCCAGCACUCAAAGUAUUCAGACCAGAAGAAUGCUUAUUCAAGCAGACUUUGGUGCAGAUUCUGACCCAGUCUUGAGGCCUAAGGUUGUGCAUGAUAUUAAGACUAGACUUCAGCGUAGGAAUCAACAAAAUUCUGGCACUAGGAAGAUACCAUUCACAGGUGAUCACACUGGUGCUCACAACCAACAAAACUGCCAUACUCCCCAAAGAAAACUACCUGGAAGGGGAAGGAAUCAAUGA